AUGAUCGGACCAUUCCUUCAAAUACUACUUUGUUUAUUUUUUCUCCAUUGCAUCAGUGGACAAUACUUCAAUGCCAGUCAGAACAUUUCAAGUCAAAUAAACGCCAAUGGGACUUAUAUUCCUAUUGUCAUUACAUAUACACUUCAAAGAAAUAAUUCCGUUGGUACUACGAGCGUAGCACCUAUUUUAUUAUAUAAUGUAACAACUCAACAACAACAUACUAACAGUUCUACAAAAUCUAACUCGCGUACAAUGUUAACUCUUCCGCUUAUUUUUUUUCUAUACAAUUAUAUUCGAAAAAUACUCUAG